AUCAUCAGAUGUUGACAUCACAACACCAGAAUUUUCAUACCUCUCAGUCCAUUCACACUUUAAAGAACUGUGUGGUAAAAUCAAAAGUCUAUUGUAAUUUGUAUUAUAAUUAGUUUUGUCAUUUGUUGUAGAUGUGGAGUUAAAGCAUGUGGGUCAGGAUGAAACUAACAGGCUUAUUUCUGCUGCUGCUGCUGGUGGUGCUUCAGACUUUAGCGGAGAACCGCUCAGAGGAUUUGGAUUUUUUAAUGAUGCAGAGGAGCAAAAUACCACACGAGAAUCCAAACUUGGGUCCAGAGCAGUGUUUAAAACAGAGACACACGAGAGCGUCCUGUAGUCUGGUGUUCUGUUAUCCCUGGGAGCGCUGUGUGAAUGGGAAGUGUAUCUGUAAACCUCAGUAUCUCUGUCCCACUCAAAACGUUACAUCCGUUUGUGGACGAGAUCACCGUGGUUACAGAUCCUACUGCCAGGCAAUGGCGUCGUCUUGUCAAAGCCAACUCCCAGUAAUGUCCCAUUUUGCAGAUACCUGUUCAUCGGAGCAUAAGAUCUACAGCAGCAGUGAGGACCCGGACACAGGUGCGAUCCUUCUGGAGAUACCGAACCCCUUUAACCCUGAGACGGCCGACUGGAAGCUGAUCUGUGGCUCGUCCUGGAACAAGGUCGCCGCAAAUGUGUACUGCAAAGAACGUCAACAUCCACUAGGUGCACAAGAAGCUCUCAAAAUCCAAUUUUCUGACCUGAAGAAGGAGCAUGGAUACCCAAAGAGCUGUGUUCAUGUUGAGUGUGAGGGGUUUGAGAAUAACCUGGGAGAGUGUCGCCUCCUCACCCACAGCAGCAUGGACCACACAGUCGCAAAGGCAGACUGCUACAGCGGCCCCAUCAAAGGUUGCAACUUUAACUGCGUAAACUCCAAAUGUAUUUCCAGGCUGCUCACGUGUGAUGGUGUUGACGACUGUGGAGACCGAAGUGACGAGAUGUGCUGCCAAAAGUGCAGUGGAGAUGCGUUCAGGUGUAACUCUGGAGUGUGCAUCCCCAGAUCUGCAGUCGGGGACGGAGUGAGGGACUGUCUGGACGGAGGAGACGAGGUGAAAACACCAGAGCAAAUAGCACCUGACUUAGAGAGGCAAGACCCAUAUGUCACCACUCCCAAAAAUGAGAUCAGGUUGAGCAGACAGAACAUGGAGUCUCAGGUGAAAUGUGGAGUUCCAAACAUGAACAUUGUGGAUGACGAGGCGGUGGUGGAGAGAGGAAGAGGCCGCACAAAGAGAGUGGCUGGAGGGGUGCCCACCACACCACACCAGAUCCAGUGGCAGGUGGCGGUAGUAGACUCUGGGAUGAUUCGCUGUGGAGGAGCGUACAUCGGAGGCUGCUGGGUCCUCACAGCUGCUAGCUGUGUCAGGUCAGACCCCUCUGGUUUUAUGGUGAAGUUGUCUUUGUGGAAGAGGAAUAGAGCUCAAACUACAACUGAAAUUGUCCCAGUGCAAAACAUCCACAUCCACCCACAAUACAACAAUGUCACCGACGAGAACGACAUCGCUCUGGUGGAGUUGAGGAAGCUCCCGUUUCAAGAGAAGUGUUUCAGUGAUAACCCAGUGGUGCGCCCCGUGUGUGUGCCCUGGACCCCUCACCUGUUCCAGCCCAACCACACCUGCACCAUCUCAGGCUGGGGCCGCACCACAGGGGGUAGACCGUCUACAGUCCUGCUAUGGGCGAAAGUCUCCUUGAUUCCUGAAUGUGAGCGGUAUUAUGAAAACACCAUCAAAGCAGGAAUGAUAUGUGCAGGUAAUCUGGAUGGCUCUGUGGACGCAUGCGCUGGGGACGGUGGGGGACCCCUGGUGUGUGAAGACGAGCUGGGUGUGUCCUACCUGUGGGGCAUCGUGAGCUGGGGUAAAGGCAACUGCGGAAACUCAAACUCCCCUGGAGUCUACACACAGGUGGCUCAUUUCUACGAGUGGAUCCGAAUUCACACUGGAUGGCCGCUUGUCACACAAUAUAAUUCUUAGUCCUCAUGUUUACAUUUUUCCAACAUUGUACGACACCAAAUAAAAUAGAACUGGUUAAAUAAAGGUUUAACUUGUUUGUGAAUUGGGUGGAAUAAUAAUUUCACAAUGUCUCUCUGUGCUGAUUAUGGUUUUACAGUCAAAUCUCAGCCAUCAGAUUAAACAUGAGU